CAGGCUCCUGGCGGGAAUUCUCCGCUCUGCUCACGGUCGCCUCCCGCAGAGCCCAGGCGGAGCGGCGCGGCGCGGAGGGCACCUGCCAUCCCUUAGCUGUGCGUCACGGACGCGGGAAGGGGCGCGCGUGAGAACGCAGCCGUCCACGGGUGUUUCCUCAGCCCCGGACCUGGCUGUGCGCAGCUCCUCCUGGGAGCGCACCCCUCAGCACACCCUCCCUGUCUGAGUGCACAGACCUUGUUCCCGGUCCCUGUCUCUGCAGACCCCUCUCUGGAUGCACAGCCCUCGGGCAGUCUUGUGAAGCUGGGUCAGCGGUUCCUGUCUUCUGACAGCAGCCACCGCUCUGUUUUUGGAGGCCUGCGCACCUGCUUCCUGUAUCUGGGGAAUUAGUCCCGCCAGAAAGCCAGCAGUCAGUGUGUACCACUGGACGGGUAUCAGGAGACCUGGUUUCUAACCCUGCUCUGUCACUGACAAGCUCUGUGAUCUUUGAAGCUUAAGUGAAAAUGGUACAUGUUAGAAGACAUGAAACAAGGAGAAAUUCUAAAACCCAAGUACCUGAGCAAAAAUCUCGAGUUGAUUGGCGUCGGACUAAAAGAAGUAUCUCACAGCUUUUUUAUAGUGAUGACGAGCUUGAUAGUGAUGAGGAACUUGAACUUGAUAGUGAUGAAGUGCUUGGGAGUGGUGAAAGUAUUGAUAGUGAUGAAGAGCUUGAGAGUGGUGAAAGGAUUGAUAGUGAUGAAGAGCUUGGGAGUAGCAAGAAGCCUGGUAUUAAUGAAAUACCAGAGAAGGAAACAGAGCUUAAAUUAAUCAAAGUUGAAAGUGAGGGAAACAGCAGUAAGCCUCUUAGAAACACCGACAACAGUUCAACAGAGGAAGAAAAAAUGAUCAAAAGUGAGCAUGAUGACUUGGCAGAUGAUGAAACUCAGCCAGGUCAAGAGGAGGAGGAUGCCAGCAAGCACACCAAACAAGUCACAGAGGAGGAUGUGGAAGAUGAAUGCGUCAAGCCAGGAAGAAGAAAGAGGCUGUCUGCUGUAAUGUACGACGGUGAUGAGAGCGAUGGCAGUGACAUCCUCGUUAGGAAAGCAGGCGCUAAACGUCCACGCAGGGUGGUCGAAGACGAGUGUUCUUCGUUGGAGAUGGAAGGAGCAACCCCUGAAAAAUCAUUGGCUGCUCAAAAGCGAGAACACCACCAGAAGCUAAAGGAACUCUCAGAAAGAUCACGCCAGAGACAAAGACGCAAUAGUGGUAGAGGUUUUGAGGACUCUGAAAAGGAAUCUUGUUCAAGUACUGAUGAAGAUGUGGAUGAGGAUGCUUACAGAGAUGGAAAUGAAGAUGGCUAUAUGAUUGAUGACUUUGUAGUGCAAGAUGAGGAAGGAGAUGAAGAGAGUAAAAGUCAACAAGGAGAAAGUUUGACUACAUCACAGCUGAAAUUAGUAAAACAGAAUUCACUUUAUUCUUUUAGCGACCACUAUACUCACUUUGAAACAGUUGUCAAGGCUCUUCUGAUCAAUGCUAUCGAUGGAUCUUUUCUGGAAACCUUGUAUGGUGGCAAAAGGAAGAAGUUAUAUGCAAAAGAUAUGUUGACGUCUCUUCAUUAUUUGGAUAACCGCUUUAUUCAACCCCGUCUGGAGAGUUUAUUCUCUAGAAGUCGAUGGAAAGAGCAAUAUAAGGAGCGAGUUGAAAGCUACUCUGACUUACAAAUCCACAUGAAGAACCCUGAGAACUGCUCCUGCCAGGCCUGUGGACUGCAUCGCUACUGUAAAUACUCAGUGCAUCUCUCGGGGAACUUGUACAACAACAAGACAAUGGAGACAGAUGACUUCAUGUCUCACGACAAGCAGGUGUUUAUUGUUGGCAGAAUUUGUGCUGAUCGCACCAAAAUUUAUCAUAAACUGAAGCAUUUUAAAUUCAAACUGUACCAAGAAUGUUGCUCCCUUGCAAAAGAAAAAGAAGAAGAAGGUGCAGAUGAACAGGUUAAAGAAACAGUAGGAAGAAUCUUCAGUCAGUCAAAAGAAAACGGCUGGAUUAAAAGGAGAUAUGAUGAACUGCAAGAAUAUCUCAAUUCUGCGGAUUUUUUUCAAGAUGAGAAGUUUGAAUUGUAGCACGUUUUCUUCAGAGAAGAUUUUUAUAAGUUUCCUUAAAUGCGAAGAUCAUGAGUAUUGUUUCUCUGUAUCAUGUGACAUUUGUUGUAUAAUCUCUGUGUAUUUUAUGGCAAAAUAUCUUGUUUAUAUACUCAUCUGAUUUUCAUGAAAUGCCACAGUGAAUUUCAAUAAAGCCUUCAUAGAUGUCCAUGGAGAACAUCAGCUUUGUGGUUCAAAAAUCUAUCAAUGUAUUUUAGUGAUGUAUUGAUGCUUUUCUCAUACAUUAUCUGCAGUUGAAUGUGCCAUCAUGUCCUGUCAGUUUAGUAGAAAUAGGCUCUAUUAUAUCUUUGGACUGACUUGGAGAUGGCUCAGUCAGUAUCGUAAUCACCUUACAACACAAGGACCUGAGUGCAGUCCCCAGAACCAUAUUUCAAAUAAAAGCCAAUCACAAUGGCAUCUACUUGUAAUGCUUGCACUGGGGAGGCAAAGCCAAGGCCAAUCCCUAAGGCUUGUGAGCCAGGCAGUCAACCUACUCUCUGCCAGUGAGAGACCCUGCCACAAAAGACAAGAUGGCUGGUGCUUGUCAGUGAACCCCAGGCUAUCCUCUGAGCUCAGCAUGCAUGCAGAUAUCUGUGUGCAUGUGCCCACACAUGUGUGCAGUCACACACAAGCACCUCACACUCACACUAUAUAUGCAUGCGUAUAUUCACAGAUAGCGAGACUCAUGCCUGUAUGUACUUAUUGUUGCACCCCUUGGCAGUAUUAAAUAAUCUUCAAUAAUAAAUGUCUAAUUAACGUCUCCUCAAUCAGUGAGCCAUGGAAGAAGCCUCAGACUUCUAACCUCGGAAUGAGACCAUAGUAUAUCUGCUACAGUGGAGGAGUGCUUCCUUUUGUAAAGUUUUCCUUAGGAAUGGAUGUCUCAUCCUCAGAGUCUUUCAGUCCUCACAUUCAAGAACUUCUUAGAGCCGGGCGGUGGUGGCGCACGCCUUUAAUCCCAGCACUUGGGAGGCAGAGGCAGGCGGAUCUCUGUGAGUUCGAGACCAGCCUGGUCUACAAGAGCUAGUUCCAGGACAGGCUCCAAAGCCACAGAGAAACCCUGUCUCGAAAAAUCCAAAAAAAAGAAAAAAAAAAAAAAAGAACUUCUUGAUACAUGUUUUCAUUCUGUGAGAUGCUCUUUGUUGUUUCUGUACAGUUUUAUCCGCAAUAUAUUAAUGAUGGAGAUGUAUUUUGUGAUUUUUUAGCCAUAACAUUCUCUAUAUAAUGUAUAUGUAUUGUACCAGUCUGAAAAUCUCAGAGAAAAGUUAAGCCAAAAAACCCCACUUCAAACGCUUAUUUUAUUGCCUACAUUAAUUUUCACAUCCUAAUUUUUUCAUAAUAUAAUAAAGUGGUU